AUGACACUUCCUCCAGAACAGAUUAAUAUCAAGCGGCGACGUGAAGAGGAGCCCGUGGAAACACUUUACAUUCAAUCUGACCACCUGACAAAGCGUCGCUUCACUGACUAUGUUUUUCAUCGGGUGACACUUAACAGCAAUGGCAGCCCUCUUGAUUCUGGGGCCUCCGCGCCCUCUCAUCCGGCCACACAGAGAUUGCUUCGUAGUCCUCGGUCAGUGAGUAGUCUGCACAUUCCACCUCACCGUACUGCGCAGUCCGGUUCUAGGAAUGGAAUCCCCACAGUGCGAGCAACCUCACCAGGUGCAGAGAUCCGUGAAGUCCAGCGGGCCGCAGCUGCUCGAAAAGAGGCCGAAGAAAAGCGCCAGCGGGCAAUCCACAGUUCUCCUGCUCCGCAAUCUGUUUCCCCAGCGUCGGUGGGGGGUACGUCCAUCUCUGAAAGAGGACCAAUUAGACGGGAUUCUGGCUCUGCUUCUGUACCACCUUCGCCGCGCCAUGCGCAGUCUGUGCGCCGCUUCCAGAUCUCCAGACCCAGUGCCUCGACUCCGGGUUCACGUCCAGGAUCCCGGGCCGGUAUUCAGAAGCGCCGGGCCGAUGGUCCUUCCCCAGGAAUAGCUGUUCUAGUGGAGCAGCUUCAGCGCAAGUCGCAUUCGCGUCAAGCUUCUAUGAUCGCAGACCUCGUGCACCAAGCACAGACUGAAAGCCAAGAGAGUGUCAGAGCCAAGACCCCUGAGGAGGCAGAACCUCCAGCAAAGCCCAGAAAGCGGCCUGUGGUGAAUCAAGCUGAGAAGAAGUGGCGAGAGGAGCGACAGGGCGCUAUCUCUGCUGCAAAGGAACAUAUUUCAGAAACGUUAGAGAAGUCUGCGCGGGCGCAGCAGAGCACCUGGGACGAAGAAUCCGAGCGUCUCGCCAAGGAAUUUGAACAGGUUGCACUAGAUAUCGAACGCGAUAUGGAGGUGGAACCUCGGAAUUUCAACGAUAACUUUGCUCCGCCAUCACCCCAGCCUCGGCCACAAUACAAACCUCCGCAGCCCUUGAAGCACCAGCCCCGGCCUCCUAAACAACCCAGAGUUGUGCCAUCCCAGCCCUCUGCAGGCAGCGAUGAGAUAAAAGCAGACGUGGCAACACCAGUCAGCGAUGAUGAUGACUACGUCUAUGAUGUUUACAUUCGACGCCCGAUCGAGGAAAGUGAUAUGCUUUCUAACCCGCUGGCUGAAUUGCAGUCCGAGCAGCAGCUCAAGGCACUCCAAGCUCCCAACUCGGGUAUUGGUGUUAUUGUCAUCACCGAAGAAGACGAAGAGUACUGGGAGAACUUCAUCGAAGACGAUGAGGAGGAAUGGGAUAGUGAGGAUGCAGACUCAAAUGCUGAAAAUCACCCUGCAAAUGAGUAUCCGGAAGAAGAGCUGUCCUCGUCAGAUGAGGAAGAUGACCCUACUGCUGUCUACAGGAAAUAUCGCACACGUGCAGCGUCAGAUGAUGAGGAGUUUGAUUUUGACAAUUCUGGGAGCGAAGGUGGCAGAUAUGGACAAUGGCGAUCUGGGGGCCAGGUUUAUUCCGACGAUGAAAGCGAUUGA